GCAGAUUAACCCCUUUCAUCGACAGGAUCAUACAGCAACCAUGAUUUCUCUGGUCUUUGUUCUGCUCAUUGGAGCCGCUUUCGCCACGGAGGAUGACAAGAUCGUCGGAGGGUAUGAGUGCAAGGCCUACUCCCAGCCCCACCAGGUGUCUCUGAACGUUGGGUACCACUUCUGUGGUGGCUCCCUGGUCAACGAGAACUGGGUUGUGUCUGCUGCUCACUGCUACCAAUCCCGUGUGGAGGUGCGUCUGGGCGAGCACAACAUCAAGGUGACUGAGGGUAGCGAGCAGUUCAUCUCUUCUUCCCGUGUGAUCCGUCACCCCAACUACAGCUCCUACAACAUCGACAAUGACAUCAUGCUGAUCAAGCUGAGCAAGCCCGCCACCCUCAACACCUACGUGCAGCCUGUUGCUCUGCCCAGCAGCUGUGCCCCCGCUGGCACCAUGUGCACCGUUUCUGGAUGGGGCAACACCAUGAGCUCCACCGCUGACAAGAACAAGCUUCAGUGCCUGAACAUCCCCAUCCUGUCCUACAGUGACUGUAACAACUCCUACCCUGGCAUGAUCACCAACGCCAUGUUUUGUGCUGGAUACCUGGAGGGAGGCAAGGACUCUUGCCAGGGUGACUCCGGUGGCCCCGUGGUGUGCAACGGUGAGCUCCAGGGUGUUGUGUCCUGGGGUUACGGCUGUGCCGAGCCCGGUAACCCCGGUGUCUACGCCAAGGUGUGCAUCUUCAACGACUGGCUGACCAGCACCAUGGCCACCUACUAAGUCUGAUCCUAGCUUCGAUCCUCCAGUACGGUCCCACAACUCUACAACAUCUUGUGCAGUUCAACAUCCACCUUAUGUACUGGAGAUUAAAUACUAAGGGCAAAUAAUGCAUUUAACAUAAUUUAAGUUUACUGUGUCUAUUUCCCAAGGUUAAAUAAAAAAAUGAAUAUAC